CAUCACCUCCUUCCAGCUGGACACAGACUGGUGAGCUGAAGGGGAAACUCUGAGAUCCCACUGCUGACACCAUGACCUCAGAAGCUGACGGGAUCUGCCCAGAGGGCAAAGUUUUUGUUGAUGUCAUUGAGUAUUUAAAUGACCCAUGGAACAAAGAGAAAGUGCAGCGCCUGCUGAGUGAUGAAUCCUGGGAGAGAUUUGUGGCUGCAGCCGAGCUGUCCAGGGAUGAGGCAGAUGCACUCGAUGCAGACUUGCGCCAGCUGGAAGCACUCAUGGCUGUGGACGACAAAGACAUGCCCUCAGAAUGUCAGGGGCAGAGGGAGAGGUUUAUGAAGCAGUUUCCUCAGGUGAAACAGGACCUUGAGGAAUGCAUAGGAAAGCUCUACGCACUUGCUGAUGAGGUGGACAAGGUGCACAGGGACUGCACCAUCACCCAAGUGGUGGUCUUCCACCUGGUGGCCUCUUCCACCGGCGCUGCAUCUGGCAUUCUGACCAUCGCUGGCCUGGUUCUGGCACCAUUCACAGCAGGGGCUAGUCUGCUGCUUUCGGCAACUGGGGCGGGACUGGGGAUAGGAGCUGCUGUGACCGGUGUGACCACCAGUAUCGUGGAAGCCUCAAAGAACGCAUCAGCAACAGCCGAAGCCAGCCGCCUAGUGUCAACCGGCAUUGACACAGAGAAGAGGGUCAGGGAGGGUCUAACCUCCAGCACAACCGAAGUUGUUUUAUUACCAAGGAAGUGUUAUCAAUCCAUGCAAGACAUUGUGAAUAAUGCCCGUGCCUUCAAGGUGGCCAAGUCCAAUCCUCUCUUAGCAGCCAAGGCCACACGCUUCUUGCGCACGGGGGCAGUCUCAGCCCAAAGCAGCAAGCAGGUGCAGAAAGCUUUUGGAGGCACUGCCCUGGCCAUGAGCAAAGGAACCAGGAUGUUUAAUGCAGCCACGGCAGGUCUAUCCCUUAUUGUGGAUGUAGUGAACCUAGUGAAUGACUCAAUGCACUUACAUGAGGGCGCAAAGGCUGAGUCGGCGGAAGAGUUGAGGCAGCAGGCCCAGGAGCUGGAGAGGAGGUUGGAAGAACUCAUCUGCAUUCACGAAAGUCUACGGGAGGACCUGACUCUGUGAUCCCCAGACAGUGCAGGGAGCAGGGUGUGUGGGAGACAAAGGCGUGGACUUACCUUGUUAGAGGGGAAAUGCUGGCGAGAUAAAAUGGGUGGAACUGUGUGUUAAGGAGUUUGGUAUUUCUAUAGCUGAGCACAGCGAAGGGGGGGUUCCUGCAGAUGGCAGGUGUGUCAAAGAGAAGGAAGGAACCUGGAGCCUGGAAUCAGGGAAUAUAGGGGACAAGAGAGUGGGGGGUGGGAGGAACUUUAUUUUGACUAAAAAAAGACAUUGGGGUCAUGAAUAAAGUAAGAGAAGUGGAGGAAUAAGCACCGAGAAGGCCCGAAUUACUAAAAAGUUGACAAUGGUAGAAGGUGAAAGAGUUUGAGUUGUUGGGAUAUGGGAGUUACAGUGGCUCCUUAAUUGGCCCUCCCCAGGGUUCACCAUCCCAGCAGGAACCCCGUCUCUCCCUGGUCCUGGUCUCUAGCCCUGCCUUCAGUUCAAGCUCGCCUUUGUCUUCCAGCAGUUCAUCUUAGGUAGGCAUAAAAAAACACAUUUUUUUUAAUUUUUCAAUUACAUUUGACAUACUAUAU